CUCCGAUGACGCGGGACGCCAAGUGCGUGGGGAUUCCCGCGGCCCUGGCCACUACCCGGCCUGCCCCGCGGCAAGAUGGCGACCUGAACGCAGCUGGCAGCGGCGGAAAGCUUAGAUCAGCCUUUCCACAGCUCCUGUAGCAGCAUCUGCCCCAAUUUCAGCAGAAGAUUCAGGUGCCCCAGGGACUGGAAGAAAUUACAUUGUCUACUUGGAAAGAAGAAGAAAUAGCGACUUGCCCCAGCCCAACCCCAGAGCGGGAGCUGUUGGCCAAAGGAAGUGGAGGGGCCGUGGGAUGCGGAGAGCCAAGGGCUAACUCUCGGACGGCGGAACGGAGAGAGCUGCCGACAAACAGACGCAGGUGGAGGAGCUGUCACCUCCCAGAAUGACCAGUGCCGCCCCCGCCCCUGCUAAGAAACCCUACCGUAAGGCACCACCAGAGCAUCGGGAGCUGCGAUUGGAAAUUCCUGGAUCUCGGCUUGAGCAGGAGGAACCCCUGACUGACGCAGAAAGGAUGAAGUGAGUAUCUGCUGCCUGAGAUGCUGCCUGAGAUACUGCCCUGCCUCAACUCUGUCCCUCUUAGCGGCAGGCUAGGCUAUUGGUACAGUUGGACUUUCCCGUGGAUUAGGUGGAAGUAAAGGUUGGGAUGGGUUGUUUUAGGGACUCUGGGAGGAGUUUUGAUGUUGUGGAUAUUUUUUUCUGGCAAAUGGGAUUUUAUUGUUCCAUGGGCUUCGAGAGAGCAUAGAAUCAGGAGGUGAAUGGCACUGAGGGCCCUGCUGUUCUUGCUAAGGAGCCCUUCCCCAGCUCCUCGUUCCUGUACCAGCUGCCACCCUUGCAGCCCUUUCUUAGCCACAUGAGGCCUCUGGAGAGGAGGGCAGUGCUGGGCUGCAUUUCCAAGAGAUGAAUAAUGGAGAAGCCUGACUGUGCAGAGGGGAAACUGGAGCUGGGGGCUUAGUGGCCGACUGACAUGGGCUGUAACCAGAGACAGGCUGGGAGCCGUAUCCCUAACCCCAAUUCUGUCUUUUCAUUCUCCAAUAGUGAAGGGAGGCUGGAUUGUCCCCUACCAUCCCCUCUUCCUCCCCUGAACCUCCAACCCAGGCUGUGUUCCCAGGGCCAGCAGGCCUAUGAAAUAUGCUGCCUUAGACUCAAGCUCUGGUUGAGUCCUCGUGUCAUCCCUUCCUUCCUGAGCCCACUCUGGAGCUCCAGGGCAUGCCCUUCUAUCUCUCAUACCCCUCUGCCCUUGAUCCCACAACACCCUGCCAGGCUCUUGCAGCAGGAGAAUGAAGAGCUUCGCCGGCGCCUGGCCUCCGCCACCAGACGCACUGAGGCCCUGGAACGUGAGCUGGAAAUCGGGCAGGACUGCCUGGAGCUGGAGCUGGGCCAGAGCCGCGAGGAGCUGGACAAAUUUAAGGAUAAGUUCCGCAGGCUGCAGAACAGCUACACAGCUUCCCAGCGGACCAACCAGGAGUUGGAGGACAAGCUGCACACACUGAUCAAGAAGGCUGAGAUGGAUAGAAAGACGCUGGACUGGGAGAUUGUGGAGCUGACCAACAAGCUGCUGGAUGCCAAGAACACCAUUAACAAGCUGGAAGAGCUCAACGAGCGGUACCGACUGGACUGCAACCUGGCUGUGCAGCUCCUCAAGUGCAACAAGUCCCACUUCCGAAACCACAAGUUUGCUGAUCUGCCCUGUGAGCUACAGGACAUGGUUCGGAAACAUCUGCACAGUGGUCAAGAGGCUGCCAGCCCAGCUCCUGCUCCCAGCCUAGCCCCAGGGGCUGUGGUGCCUACCUCGGUCAUUGCCCGAGUGUUAGAGAAGCCGGAGUCUCUACUGCUCAAUUCAGCCCAGUCAGGCAGUGCCGGGCGCCCCUUGGCUGAGGAUGUCUUUGUGCAUGUGGACAUGAGCGAGGGUGUCCCAGGUGAUCCAGCCAGUCCGCCGGCCCCUGGCAGCCCCACCCCGCAACCCAAUGGGGAGUGCCACUCUCUGGGUACUGCCAGGGGCUCCCCGGAGGAAGAGCUGCCCCUGCCAGCCUUUGAGAAGCUGAGCCCCUACCCAACCCCAUCUCCACCACACCCACUGUAUCCUGGCCGCAGGGUAAUAGAGUUCUCUGAGGAUAAGGUUCGGAUCCCCCGCAACAGCCCCCUGCCCAACUGCACUUACGCUACCCGCCAGGCCAUUUCACUGAGCUUGGUGGAGGAGGGGAGUGAGUGGGCCCGCCCUAGCCCAGUGCCCAGUACCCCUGCCUCAGCCCAGGCCUCACCCCACCACCAGCCCAGCCCAGCGCCCCCAACACUCAGUGCCCCAGCUAGCUCUGCCAGCUCUGAAGAGGACCUGCUGGCCAGCUGGCAGCGGGCAUUUGUGGACCGUACUCCGCCACCUGCCGCUGUGGCCCAGCGCACAGCCUUUGGACGUGACGCCCUCCCUGAGCUGCAGCGCCAUUUUGCCCAUAGCCCUGCUGACAGAGAUGAGGUGGUCCAGGCACCUUCUCCCCGACCUGAAGAGAGUGAACUUUUGCUACCCAUAGAACCUGACUCUGGCUUUCCCAGGGAGGAGGAAGAAGAGCUGAACCUGCCCAUCAGCCCUGAGGAAGAGCGCCAGAGCCUGCUGCCCAUUAACAGUGGCACAGAGGAGGGGUCAGGCACUUCCCACACCGAGGGCAGGGCCUGGCCACUCCCCAGCUCCAGUCGCCCCCAGCGCAGCCCCAAGAGGAUGGGGGUUCACCACCUGCACCGCAAGGACAGCCUGACCCAGGCCCAGGAGCAGGGCAACCUGCUCAACUAGGGCCUCUGGUGGCCUUCCUGCCAUUGCUGCACCGGGACUGCAAGAAGGCCCCAUACCUUGGCAGCUCAGGGUCCCCAGUCCAAGCCCUUGACCUCUUCCCAAUCCAUACCUGCACAGCUGUUCCCUGUGUGGGUGGGGUCAGGUGGUGGGCCAUGCCAGGCCUGUCAGCUGCGUUGACUGACCACGGCAGCUUGCCUCAUGGUUUUCCCCUUUUCUUAGAAUAUUUAUUCUCCACAGAUAACAUGCAGUUGGGUCUCAAGACCUUUUCUCCAAUCAGCCCAACCCAGCCCAGAUUGGGCUGUUCUGGGGAGCUGAGGAGUUUAUCAGUAUUCAUCUCCCAUCCUCCUUUCAUAGUCACAAGUUUUGUUAUUUUGUUUUUUUUGGGGGGGUGGUGGUGUAAUUGUUAACUUCAUUUCUGUUUCCUACCUGUUUGCUUUCCCCCCCAAUCCUCCGCAUGAGCUGUUGCCCUCCAGGGGCCCGGCACAGCUGGCCUUGGGGACCAGGGAGAGGAAUGACUCAGGGCCCCCUCAGCUGUCUCUUCCCUCCCUCUGGAAAGGAGGGUGGGGCUCAGGGGCCUCAAGCUGCGCUCUGGGUGAGGCCUGGCCUCCACUCCCAACCUUGGCUCUAGACUGUUACUCCAAGCUUUGGGAAAUUUUCACAUUGAUGACUAUUUUAAAAUCAAAUAAAACUAUUUUACUGGUAUG